AUGCAUGACAUUGAGUAUUUGCUGAGGUAUCUGCUGGAUAGCGCGACACUGAAGGUUGAGAAGCUUGAGGAUAUUGCUGAUGCUCAGCAGGUAGCUGCAUUUAACAAGAAGUUUGGAGAUACGCGACGAAUUCGUGGGUUUUGUGCGGAGAUAGGGCCUACGACGUAUUUUCCGGUUUUCAAUGUUCCUCUUAAGGCAGACUCGAUUAUUCACAAUGUGAAGUUCUGCGAGGUUGCGGUUGGAGAGGCGAUAUAUGUAUCUAAGGAGUAUGUAAAGCAGAUGAAUCCUCCAGGGCACUACGACUCGUUUGUUACGAGCGAGCAUGGAUACCAGGUUGGGUUUCUUCCUGACUCGCAGAUGAAUAUGAGAGAGUACUUGUAUGCAGUCAAGGACACAAGCAAGGUUCUGCCGCUUUUUGAUGUGACGUUUGAGUAUGACAUGGAGUUAGAGAUGAGAAGCAAGGGGUGUUUUGUUUGCGACAGAUGUCGGACGAACCAGUCUGUUUCGUUUUGCCCGGCGGAGCGAGCGAGUUUCUGUGAGGUGUGCGACUCUGAGGUACACAGCGACUAUUUUCUGAAGAGGCAUGUAAGGUACUACUUCAACGAGGUGGGGAAGAAGAAGUUUAUUUACUGUGCAAGCCAUCCCGAGACGAUGGUUGACUACUUCUGUGAGGAGUGUCUGAUUCCUGUGUGCACGAAGUGCAAGAUAAACGGAAAUCACUCUGAGCUUCCAAACGGAUCGCACAGCUUAUUGAAUUAUGUUGAGGCGUGCGAUAGCCUACAAAGGAUGCUUACGACGGGAAAUUUACAGCUGAUUGAUGAGGAGAGAGUUUUGAAGGACUGUGUGGUUGAAUUCAGAAAGAACGUAAGGAUGUUCCAGAGCAAUAUCAACGAUGUAAGGAGCAAGAUCGAAAGCGAGUACAAGAAUGCAUUGAAUGAGCUUCAUGCGUUUGAGAAGAAAGAAUUCCAGGUUAUCAAUACGCAUUACAUUUCAUAUCUCGGGAGAUUAGCGGAGCUCGAAAGGAUGAAGGAGUAUCCGACGAAUCUUGAACCGUCGCAACUGCUUAAGGCAUUCAAAAGCGUUGUGAUGCAAAGAGAGGCUGUGCCGCAAGAAACUGAGAAUGUAGUUUUCAAACCCGCAGAAAUUUCGCUAAAAGGGCAUCUUACUCUGAAGGAUGAAGAGACAUACAUUACAAGGAAGGGAUAUUCGUCUAGAAUGGACAAAAGUACGCAGUUGUAUGUUGAAACCCGAGGAAUCAAUGUGAAUGGCCAAGGCAAAAAUAAAUGA